UUACACAAAACGGAGUCUAUAGAUGUGCUUACACAAGAAUUAGAAGAUCUCAAUAGUAAAUACAGCUCUGUCUUAUCUGCUAAAGAGGAGAGCAAAACUCUUUUAGAAAAGCAGGAAAAACUAAUCGAGGAACUGAGAGAGGGCUUGGAACGGAAACAGUCAGCUGACAAUAUUGAGAGAGAACUUUUAUGUGAUGACUUGGCUCACGCAACUGAACAGCUUGGCAAGUUAACUGAAGCCUUUAAUAAUCAAGAAGCAUUGCUUGUAGAGCAAAAAGAAGAAUUACUCAAAAAAGAACAAUUAAUUGCAGAACUAACAAACCAGGUGCUUGAAAUGCCAGAGGCUGUUGAUGAUGAAGGAAUAAAACCACCCAACAGCAACAAAGGAUCCCCUGCUAUGCUUCUACAGACUCCAAAAACUCCACUAGGAAACCCAUUUGACUAUGAGAUGGCACGU